GUGAUUCAGAUCUACAGACUCAACAAUGGCCGUAUCCAGAACCUUUCGGAGCUCUCGCACUUCACUUUCUGACCGGAAUAAUGGUUUUUCCCCUCCAUCCACACGACCGCCGGUUGCUGCAACAGGUUUUACAUUCAAGCUUUUCGCCUCCGCUCUCUCCGUUGCCGUUUUACUCUUGUUAACCGUUUCCUUCCUUUUCACCUCAUCAUCUGGCGUCGGUUCAUCCGGUCUCGACAUCGGUUUUUCUUUUAAUUCAAAUGGAAUUGGAAAAUUUAGGAGGUCUGUGCUCGCAUUAAAAUCCGAUCCAUUAAAACCUAGAUUUGAUCAAAUCCGAAAGCAAGCAGAUGAUCACAGGUCGCUUGCUCUCGCUUACGCUGCCUAUGCUCGUAAGCUCAAGCUCGAGAAUUCUAAGCUCGUUAGGGUUUUUGCGGACCUUUCACGCAGCUAUACGGAUCUCAUACCGAAACCUGCUUACGCGGCAUUGUUCGACUCUAAUGCGGAAUCAAUCGACGAAGUGACGCUUCGGCAGUUUGAGAAGGAGGUGAAAGAGCGGAUUAAGGUGACCAGACAAGUGAUUGCUGAAGCCAAAGAGUCGUUCGACAAUCAGCUUAAGAUUCAGAAGCUGAAAGAUACGAUUUUUUCUGUCAAUGAGCAAUUGACCAAGGCGAAGAAGCAAGGUGCGUUUUCUAGCUUGAUUGCGGCGAAAUCAAUACCAAAGAGCUUGCAUUGCGUUGCAAUGAGGUUGAUGGAAGAGAGAAUUGCACAUCCGGAGAAGUAUUCCGAUGAAGGCAAACCACGUCCUGCAGAAUUUGAUGAUCCUAAGCUUUACCACUAUGCUAUAUUUUCUGAUAAUGUUGUUGCUGCUUCGGUCGUGGUCAAUUCAGCUGUUAAGAACACAAAAGAGCCAUGGAAGCAUGUUUUCCAUGUCGUGACUGAUAAGAUGAAUCUUGGAGCAAUGCAGGUUAUGUUCAAGAUGAAAGAAUAUAAUGGUGCUCAUAUUGAAAUUAAAGCAGUUGAGGAUUACAAGUUUCUAAACUCUUCAUAUGUUCCGGUGCUGAAGCAGCUCGAAUCUGCAAAUUUGCAGAGGUUUUACUUUGAGAAUAAGCUUGAGAAUGCCACAAAGGACACAACCAAUAUGAAGUUCAGGAACCCUAAGUAUCUGUCAAUAUUGAAUCAUCUGAGGUUCUACCUACCAGAGAUGUACCCCACGUUGCACAGGGUUUUGUUCUUGGACGAUGAUAUAAUUGUUCAGAAGGAUUUGACAGGGCUUUGGAAGAUAGAUAUGGAUGGGAAGGUAAAUGGAGCUGUUGAGACGUGUUUCGGGUCGUUUCACCGGUAUUCACAAUACAUGAAUUUCUCUCAUCCUUUGAUCAAGGAGAAGUUCAAUCCCAAGGCAUGUGCCUGGGCUUAUGGGAUGAACUUCUUUGAUUUGGAUGCUUGGAGGAGAGAAAAGUGCACCGAGGAGUACCAUUAUUGGCAAAAUCUGAAUGAGAACCGGACUUUGUGGAAAUUGGGAACACUGCCGCCAGGUUUGAUCACAUUUUACUCCACAACUAAACCAUUAGAGAAAUCCUGGCAUGUUCUGGGGCUUGGCUAUAAUCCAAGCAUAAGCAUGGAAGAGAUCCGUAAUGCUGCAGUUGUGCAUUUCAAUGGAAAUAUGAAACCUUGGCUUGACAUUGCUAUGAACCAGUUUCGCCCACUUUGGACAAAAUAUGUGGACUAUGAUAUGGAGUUUGUCCAGGCCUGCAAUUUUGGUCAUUAAACCAAUGGCAAUUAUUGAAACCCUUUUAUUAGGGUUAAUCAAUACUAGUCAUAGUGGGUCCAUUUAUGAAACUUGACAUGUUAACUGAUACUAAAAGAGUUGAUGAUUCAAAGCAUGGCAUCAUCUGUUUCUUCUAUAGUGUAGAAUGUAGUUUUGAAGUGUUUAUAGUGUUCAUAGUUGGAUCAUAUUGGUUUAUUAGAUUACUUGUUAUUUAGAAUAAUUAUGGAAUAGAGAGUUUGUUAUUAAAACAGUUUCAUCAAAAAUGGCACUACUGCUUUAUCA